GAACGAAGACUUGUUCCUGCUCCAUCAACAUGACUAGCCGCGUCCAGAAAGGGAACGCGGUAUUCAGGCCGCUCGCUAAGCAGCGAUCUCGCCCAACACCCGCUCCUCCCAGUCAAACCAGCGUCAAUAACGAAUAUUUGGGAGCGACGAGUACAGCCCCUUCCUCGCCUACAGCACCAUCUCAGCCACAGACUGUUGUCGAUCAACGACAGCAAACUCAGGCUCAAGGGCCUCUGCAGCGGACGAACACCGUGAUUCCAUUAUCGACGCCCAUUGGAGUACCCCUUUCUUUCUCACCGCCAGCAGCUCAAACGCAAGCGCCCUCUAUCGUACCCUCCAGCUCAUCCCAUCAUCCAACUCGUAUCCAAACAUAUCCGCGAUCAACGCCAGUGUCGCUUCCCUCACCUGCGCCUCCACAAAUCCAAAGCAGUGCUCGUUCUUGGUCUCAAACGCAGGCUCCAGUCUCCAAUAACUUAGUUACAACACAAGUGACAAAUGACAACUCGAAUAAUAAUGAACCUUCGUCUUCAGAAGUACACUCUCGCACGACCACCGCUGCAGAGCAAAGCGGUGAGCAACGGGAUGCAAGCCAGAUUGUUAUCGACGGUAUUGACGACAAAACUACUGAAAACAAAAGGACUAAGCGAAAGAGAACGAGUACGGCAACGAUAGAAGAAACUGAAGGGGAAGAAGAUGGAAACGAAAUGAUUGUGGAUGGUAGUGAAGCUGCCGAACCUAGAACCUCGAAGAAGAAGUCGAGGCCAAAAGCAAAAGCGUCGUCGUCGGGAACAAAACCGAAAAGGACAACACGUAAAUCUACCCCAGAUCCAUCUUCUCCAACCGACGGGUCUUCGACCAAAACCUCCGCAUGGAAAAGAACUCGUCGAUCCCAUUCCCAGACUCCAUCUCCAUUUGACCCUUCAACGGAUCCCGGAGCAGAGCUCGAUCCUACACUUACUACGAUGGCGGCUUUAUGCGAAGAUACUGGCCGAGGGCGGGUUUCAAGCAAGGCAGUGGAAAUUUUGAGCAAUCAUGAAGCAUGGAAGAAGGAGAGGAAGGAGAGAAGGGUGAGGUUGAAAAUGAUGAUGGAGAGGAAGAAAUAUGGUUUGGCGGAAGAAGAAGAAGAGGAGCGAAGAGCAGGAAAAGAGAAGGAACUGAGCAAGGUACUAGAGCAGGCGGAUAACGGGAAUUUACUUUCUCCCGCUCCCGGGUUGAACCCAGAGGAACCUGCGAACUCGAACGGUAACCCCGACGAUUUCGACUAUUCGCAAUCUCUACAGCAUUCACGAUUCAAAGUUCAGGUCCGUAUCGGGCCUAACGGCGAGACCAUCAUCGAUGAAGAAUCGCUUGUUGUAGACCGUGUAGAGGGUGAACAAGGAGAAGGUGAAUACGAAAAAGUUAUAGAGAGUGAUAUGACCAAGUUUGUCAACUCCGGGACGUAUGGAAAGCGAUUUCGGGGAAGCAGAUGGAGUAAGGAAGAAACAGAGUUGUUCUAUGAUGCACUUGCUCAGUACGGUGAAAAUUAUGAACUUAUUUCGUACAUCCUGCCAGGGAGGGAUAGGAAAGCAUGCAAAAACAAGUUCAAAGCGGAGGACAAGAGGGAUCCUGGUCGUAUCAAUCAAUACUUGAAUAAUCGGAUUCCAGUAGACAUCAAAACUCUUGCACGAAUGACAGGCAAGGAUUUUUCUGGCCCUACUCCCCAGAUUUCUCUUCCUCCUCCUAUCCGUUCUCCUGAGGAUACCUCUGGUGCAAACGCAGCUCCAGAACCCAAUUCUAUCUCCCUGGCUGAGCGGGGACGGAAGGAGAAACAGGGAAAUAGUUCAGCUUCGAAACGUAGUAGGAGUCGAACUACAGUGCUUGAAGAUGGGGUAGAAGUUUUGGGUGAUGUUGAUGCAUAUGCGAUGGAUGAUUGAACUUUGUGAAUUUUCUCGGUUAGAGUCUAAAAGUUCUCUCAUUCCUCAUUUAACAACAUGGCACCAAACUGUAGCUUGACUCGUUCUAACUAUUAGUUCCGUUCAAACUUGGAACUGCAAAACCGUACUAAGUCUGUAACUCCACCCAGUGGUAGGUAAGGUGAUGUGGGUGCACGCUGCG